AUGGAAAAGAAACUUCAAGCAAAAGAUGAAGUCAUUGAAUCCAAAGACAAAAGCAUACAGAAAAGAAUACCGCGUUCAGUACCAAAAGGAAAGGAAAAGAACUAUAAGUAUAUGAUUUAUACUGAAGAGAUGGAAAAUGAAGAAGACAGAGAUAUGGUUAUGUUGCAUUUAGUCAGAAGAAACAACAAAAGCUUUUAUGACCUUGCUAAGAUUUACAAAUCUGACAGAAACUGGUUCUAUCGUGAAAACUUACCGAUUUCAAUGACACCGAAUGAGCAAAUAAAGGAAAUUGUCAAAAAUACUCUUCCUCAAACACACUAUGACAUCAAAGGUUGCACAAUACUUACAUUCAAAGAAGACUUACCAUUGUUAAAGGAAAAAAUAACAGAGUAUUUCGAUAACUUCAAAGAGGAAGAAUGA